CUUCAUUCGUUAUUUAUUUUUUACCAUUCUAUACUGCUCAUAAAAGUUUUGGCCAUCUCACCCGAAGUGAGGCCACAACCUCACAAUCAUUUCGGUCCAGCCCAGCUAUCACUAUAUUCAACCCACUCUUCAGACCAUAGCAUCGACUCUCAAAAAUGAUGACUGCGAUCCAGUCCCCAACCCCGGCUCUCAAAACCAACCCCAAAUUCAUCUUCUUCACUGACUUCGAUGGCACCGUUACGCAGCAAGACAGCAACGAUUUCAUGAUCGAGAACUUUGGCACUGGCCCGGCUCGACGGAAGGAGAUGUUCCAGGAUGUUCUCUUCGUUCGCCGAACCUUCCGCGACGCCUUCAAAGAGAUGUUGGACGGCAUUACUCUCCCCUUAAACGAGUGUAUUGAGGCGCUCCUACAGAAUAUCGCCUUGGACGAGGGGUUCAAGGAGUUCUAUACUUGGGCACGGACGAAUCAUAUCCCUGUGGUGGUCCUCAGCGGCGGAAUGGAGCCCAUCAUUCGCGCCCUGCUCGCUCAUCUCAUUGGUGAGGAUGAAGUGAAGACGUUGCCCAUUAUGAGUAACGAUGUUGCACCGCGUCCCGGAAAGAGUCUCGAGGAUGAAGGGGGUUGGGAGAUAGCGUAUCGUGAUGAUAGCUCCUUUGGACAUGAUAAGGCUCUCGCAAUCCGGCCAUACGCCACCCUUCCUGACGACAAGAGACCCAUCUUGUUCUACGCCGGUGAUGGUGUAUCGGACCUUUCGGCGGCUAAGGAGACGGAUUUGCUCUUUGCAAAGUCAGGCCAUGAUCUCGUCACUUACUGCAAAAAUGAAAAGGUUCCAUUCAAGACAUUUGAGAACUUCUCGGAGAUUCUAGGCAUACUGAAGGACAUUGUUGCAGGCAAGACGAGUGUAAAAGAUGUUGCUGCUGGCGGAGCAUGAGUCAGAAUUCAUAGAGUCCGCUCUUUCUCACAGAUUUUCGUUGAUGAAGAGUACCAAUAGACUUUUAGAAAAGCUUCAGUUUUAGUAAGGUUAAGUUGAAUGAUUGGAUCAAGAGCCUG